UCUGUGAGGCUGAGGGAAACAUUUCUGCGUGCGCAGUGAGGAAAACCCCAGAUGAUGUUGUGCUCGUUGCGCCUCCGCUAAUGGAAGUCUCUGCGCGCUGACACCUCGAGAAAAUGCCUCAAGAUGAAAAGUCAAGCGUGAGGGGGUUUAUCCUGAAAGCGGCCUGGGAAAGGAGCCAGAGGGUUGAUUUUGACCUCAUGAAUAUCGCGGGGGACGCGCAUCACGCCAAUCGCUAGUGGAGAGGGGGAAAGGCGCGCCGGGGCGCACAGACACCAAAUACCAGCACUCCCUCCUUCAUUAUGGAUGGCUCCUACAAUUGGACGUUGAUACUCAAGAAUGUCAACUUAUCCUCCUCCAACUCCACACAAAACAAUACCUGGGACAUGGCGGUAAUGCCCUUCAAUAUCGUCACCGCCGUAGUCUACGUCAUGGUCUUCAUUGUUGGUCUUCUGGGUAACACGCUGGUCAUCUAUGUGGUCAUUCGCUACGCCAAGAUGAAGACUGUUACCAACUUGUACAUCCUUAAUUUAGCCUUGGCAGAUGAACUCUACAUCCUGGGAAUUCCCUUUCUAGGCACUAACAGUGUGCUUUCCUACUGGCCGUAUGGGGAUUUCCUCUGCAAGGUGUACAUGACUGCCGAUGCCAUGAGCCAGUUCACCUCCACCUUUUGCCUCACAGUGAUGAGCAUCGAUCGCUACCUGGCUGUGGUUCAUCCUAUGCGCAGUGCUAAGUGGAGGAAGCCACAGGUGGCCAAGAUUUUUAAUGCCGUUGUGUGGGUUGUGUCCUUUUUGGUUGUGCUGCCGGUUACAAUCUACUCAAAUGUACAAGAGGAGUUCAAUGCCUGCAACAUAACAUGGCCUGAGCCACAUGAAGUGCAGUCCAUCAUCUUCAUCCUCUAUACAUCCAUAUUGGGCUUCUUUUGUCCUCUGGUGGUCAUCUGCCUCUGCUACCUGCUUAUUGUCAUCAAGGUGAGGUCGGCAGGUGUGCGCGCGGGCAUUACUAAUCGACGCAAGUCAGAGCGGAAGGUGACGCGCAUGGUGGUUAUCAUCGUGAUGGUGUUUGUACUCUGUUGGCUGCCCUUCUUCACCACCAACCUCGUCAACCUGGUUUACAUCAUCCCUGAGAACCACGCUGGAGUCUACUUCUUCCUGGUCAUCCUCACCUACGUCAACUCCUGCGCCAACCCAAUCCUCUAUGGUUUCCUCUCUGAAAACUUCAAGCAGAGCUUCCAGAAGGUGCUGUGCUUACAAAGACCAAAGGGCAUUUGCACAACAGGCCAGAUGGACAGCAGAAAGACUGCAUCCAAGGAAAACAGCAUUCCUGCUCUCCCGCUCCGAGAUUACACCCAGAAUGGAAAUAUGGAGAGCAUUCAGGAGCCCGUCCAGAUGGAAGUUAUUGGGGACCUUGAGCUUCAGAAGAGAGAGUUGAUUGGUCAGCCUUGAGUUCCCCCAUGUAUUAGAGCACUGCAUGAUGGGACUUGGAUGAUUUAUUUCUGGAACGUUCUUAUUGGUAUUUCCUGUCUUCAUGGCCGAUCUUCUCUCACUGACUGGCAUUUGUUGGACUAGAAGAGCAACGUAAAGAGAGAAGACAGCGCUCAUCACAGCUCUCAGCGUUUUUGUUGGUUCUCCAUGUCGUUGUGGGGUACAACUGCAUUGUAAAAACCAUUUCUUUAUAUAAAGAUGUUUCAGUUGUUUCAGUUUUAUAUUUGAUCAUAUUUAAGUAAGAAAGCCCUUGUUUUUUCAUGUGCUUUUCCUUUAUAUAGUUUAGUUUAUUUCAGUGCUUUUUGCUUUUAUUCAUCUAUAUUAACCUGUUCAUCUUGGUAAAUUUAGUAUAUUAUAGCGUACCUUUCAUAGCACUAAGACCGAUCUCUAAAGGAACUUUUGAGGUGUCUUUCUCAAGAAAAAGUCUCAAUGAGGGAACAGAUUAUCAUUUUGGGAAAAUUUGCUUCGGAACAUUCGGCUGGAGUUACCUGAAAAGAAAGCUACCAUUUUCAUCUCCGCCCAUUUAACAGGUUUAAUUCUUUAGUUAAAAUGUUUAAUAUUAAAGCUAUGAUGUUUAAUUACUCUGUCGCAUAAAAACCACACUAGCAGAGCAAAUAUAUAAAACUAUGAAAAUGAGUGCUGUGGAAGUGAAGGUCAUGUAUCAUGUGAGCCGUGUUUCUACAGGUCAUUGGAGUUGGGUCAGUGAUUCUUUUUCCUUCAGGCCAUUUUGUGUGCCCUCAUUUGAAACUCAACCACAGGACUCUCUUUAUUUUGAUCUUGCAGUAUUUAGUUUGUGCUGCUUACACUGGGGUGAGCACUUAUCUUUUGGGUUGAUUGUAAACAUGGUAAGUGUUUAUUUGUCAUGACAAUCAUAUUUCUUUUGGCCUGUUAGUCUUUUAGUGAGGCUUUUUGCAACAUCUUAACUUCAAUAGAAAUCUGUGAAAAAUGCCUCAAGGUAGCUCAGCUAAGUAUUCAUCUCUUGUCUCUCAAAUGUGGAAAACAAGGUGGAUGCCACAGUGAAGGAAAGCCACCGUUUCUCAUGCUGGACUAUGAGCUUUACCAUUCGAUGCCAACAUUUUAGGGAAGUUGCUGGUAACACUGUGGCAUCUCCAUUGUUAUUAAUAGAACCGAGAGAGACCAUGUGAACGGUGUUUAUGGUGACUGUAUUAAAAACCACUCCCUAAAAUGGAGCUGAGACAACAAGGAUUCCUUAAAGCAGACGUUUCCGUGUGCAUUAAAAGGGGUUUAAAACUUUAAAGGUCAUUUUAACUUUGGUAUCUUGAUUUCCAUGGCAGUCCUUUUGUUACAGAAGCCAUCAUGAAUAUGAAUAAACGAUCAAGUCCUUUUUGCGUGUUCACCCUGCGUUAAUUCAACACAGCACGGCCGAGGGCAGCUGACAUGUCCUGCGGCCAUGGACCUGUUUUCGCCUGAAUAACUUUAUUGCUUUUUCCAGUUGAAACAGAGCAUCGGCAGCUUUAUACUCGGAUGGUAAUCUUGCUACAGUUUCAUUUCAUUUAUUGUCAAUUAAGUUUGUGUAUUCUUAAGGUAAUAGAAGUAAAGAAGAAGGAGAAAUGUCUUUUUCCAGGGCAGGUAUUUUGUGACCAGAUGGCUUUCCCCCAAAAUACAUUUACAUACAUAUCUGAUGUCAGCUAAACGAGGGGAGGCAGUUCAGAGCUUCCCUGUGAGCUAACUUGUUUGUUAUUAAUGGUGGUGGGGUCUUGUUUCACAGUUUCUUUAAUAAAUGCAACUAAAUAAAUCACAAUGUAUUGCGCAAUUAUUUCAAAUGAUAUGUAUACAUACCAGUCAAACGUUUGGACAAUUUUUCAUUUGAAAAUAUGUCCCAACUUUGGACUGGUAUAUCUACGUAUAUCUAUAUCUAGAUAUCUAGAUAUAGAUAUAGAUAUACACCAAAAAAAUCCACAGUCCUCAUUCUCAGUGUGUCAGCAUGCCGUUGCUUAUUUAAACCUCUGUGGUUAUCUUAUGCAGGCUCAAAGCGUGAGCACUGAUUUUGUGAAGUUGUUAGACCCUAUGUGACAGACAGGUUUUGAUUCAGUGAAGCUUAUAACACAGUCCUUGAAAUAAGAAUAAAUAUCA